AUGUCUCAAUUUUACAAACCAGAAGAGGAAGUGUUUUGCAAUGAUGGCCGAGAGCAGCAGCUCCUGGCCGGUAUUCAAUCCCACCCGAAUCUAUCCACCAUGAUGGGAGUGCCAGAGAGGGUACUGGAAGCAAUUGACGAUUUCGGCCGAAACCACGACUUUUUAAUGAACGUUGGGCAAGCUAAGGGAUCCAUUGUGUCGCGAAAGAUUGCAGAGAAAUGUCCGGCAACGAUGGUCGAACUAGGCGGCUAUGUCGGGUAUUCUGCCAUAAUGUUUGGUGAUGCUGUGCGCAGAGCAGGGGGCAAGAAGUAUAUCAGCCUCGAAAAGAGCGAGGAAUUUGCGGCGGUUGCCCGCUCCCUCCUGGCGAUUGCUGGUUUAGAUGACUUCGUCGAAGUUCGAGUUGGCCCAUGCGACGCUUCCUUGAGACAGCUGCGACAGGAACAACCUGAGCUGCAGAUCGAUCUCCUUUUUCUUGACCAUCAGAAGUCGGCUUACGUAUAUGACCUGAUUCUUUGCGAAGAGCUGUCUCUGGUGCGUUCCGGUUCUCUUGUUAUUGCGGAUAAUGUCAUAUCGCCAGGAGCGCCUGGGUAUCUGGAGUAUGUCAGAGGCACGCAAGCCGAAAGAACCACUAUCCGGGACAACAUCCAGGCCAAUCAGCAGCGUCACAGAUCUUCUGAAAACGGUGAACUAGCAUAUCUCUCAGAGCUAGUGGCAAGCUUUGAGCCCACUGGCGAACCGACGAUCACUUCGGGAUACUGUAUAUCAAAUAAGCCAUAA